UUCUGAAGUAUUCAGGAGUAUUCAGUGAGAUACAGCCACAGCCACACAAUCAGUGUGUUUCUUAAGCAGCUUGCACAAUCCCAUGUUUUAAUGAGUGAGCUGGGCUCUUACAAGUAUCAGCAAAGUUCAUCAGCAAAGUCUUCAUGUUCUCACUGUGUCCCUGCUGCUGUGAAUUCAAGAGCCACUCUCUCCAUUUCUCUUCGCACCUACAGUGCCCCUGAGAGUACUGGGUUCGGAGAUGAGCUUCCAGGGAGGUGGAAAAAGGGAAAUAGCUUCCAGCCAGGGCUGUUGUUUUUGGGCAACUACAGGUGGGCUGCAAAAAAUGGUAGGGAAGAGCAUGACAAAGGAGUCAGUGAAGAUGGAGGCACUGAAAGAGUGAGGUUUCAUCAGAUGAGUGGUUCACUCUCGUUCUAGCACUUUUUCUGAUUAAGGGGUGGGACUCUGAGCUGGGAGGUUUGGCUUAAAGAUCAGAACAGUUCACUUGCAGGAGUGCUUCACACAACCAGGCUCCAGUGUCCUGGAGACGACUUGUAGUACCAGCAACCCAGCUGCUCUGGGGGUGACUCAGUUCUUGGUGCAAGAAAUCAGCGGUGGCAAGAUUCGAAACAGACACACCAGUCAACAUGAGCACGGCAGGCAAAGUUAUUAAAUGCAAGGCAGCAGUGCUGUGGGAAGCCAAUAAACCACUCAGUAUUGAGGAAGUGGAAGUUGCCCCACCAAAAGAACAUGAAGUUCGCGUAAAGAUCAUGGCCACUGGGAUCUGCCGCUCUGAUGACCAUGUGAUAACUGGUGCACUGGUUAUGCCUUUUCCAAUAAUUCUUGGGCAUGAAGCAGCUGGUGUUGUGGAGAGUGUUGGGCAGGGAGUGACUUCAGUCAAGCCAGGAGACAAGGUUAUUCCACUCUUUGUUCCACAAUGUGGGGAGUGCAAGACAUGCUUAAACACCAAGGGUAACCUGUGCAGUAAAACUGACCUUGCUACAGGUGCUGGAUUAAUGCCUGAUGGCACCACCAGAUUCACCUGUAAAGGAAAAGCAAUUUACCAUUUUAUUGGUACAAGUACCUUCACUGAAUACACAGUACUGCAUGAAUCUGCUGUAGCUAAAAUCGAUUCUGCUGCUCCUCUGGAAAAAGUUUGUCUAAUUGGCUGUGGAUUUUCAACUGGUUAUGGGGCUGCUCUGCAGACUGCCAAGGUGGAACCAGGCUCCACCUGUGCCGUCUUUGGCCUCGGAGGAGUUGGCCUCUCUGUUGUCAUGGGCUGCAAGGCAGCUGGAGCUGCCCGCAUCAUUGCCGUGGACAUCAACAGUGACAAGUUUGCCAAGGCCAGGGAGCUGGGAGCCACUGACUGCAUCAACCCUAAAGAUUUCAACAAGCCCAUCCAGGAGGUGUUGAUGGAAAUGACCGGCGGGGGUGUGGACUACUCCUUCGAGGUCAUCGGCCGUACAGAUACCAUGACUGCAGCCUUGGCCUGUUGUCAGUGUAACUACGGAGUCAGUGUGAUUGUGGGAGUGCCCCCUGCAGCACAGAAUAUCACCUUUGAUCCCAUGCUCCUCUUCACUGGUCGCAGCUGGAAAGGCUCUGUCUUUGGAGGCUGGAAGAGUAAAGAUGCAGUUCCCAAACUGGUUGCUGACUAUAUGAAGAAAAAGUUUGUUCUGGAUCCAUUAAUAACCCACACACUACCUUUGACAAAGAUCAAUGAAGGAUUUGAUCUUCUAAGGACAGGAAAGAGCAUCCGCAGUGUCCUGACAUUUUAGGAUUCCCAGACAUUAACCAGCAGAUGGCUAAGCACCAGUACUAACUUCACCAUCCACCAAUACAACUUACAUGAUGCACAAACCAAGAUUUUCCUGAAAGAUCUACCACUACUCU